AUUAUGAACGGGCGGUGAUUACAAACAGUGCAAUUUACAACAGUUGAAUGACAGCAGCGAAAACAUGCAGAGUGCAUGAAGAGAAAUUGUUAUUUUGGAUUUAUUGAUAUUAACAGGGAAAGAAAAUGUCAUCUAAAUCACAGAAGAGUAUUAAGAAAACUGUAAAAAAUCAACCAGUUACUUCAAGAUGCGUUGCUGUUGUUUUCAAGAAAAAUGACAAGAUAGAUAACUCAGGUGAUUGUGAAACUUUUGAAAAUGAGCACACUGAAUUACAAAAUCAUGAAAAUGAAAACGAAGUUAAUCCAUUUGCGUUAAAUUCCAAUUUUGACAUAAAAGGUAACAAUGUAUUUGAUGCAAAAAAAGUGUUUGAAGAAUUUAGAUUAAGGAAUAAGACAUGUUACUGGAAUCCAGCCCUGGUUGACAGUGUGAACAGUUUAGAAUAUGUUGGAUUUAUUGAACCAUUUACAAUUCUAGUGAAAGGAGAUGACAUUCAUCUAGAAAAUGUUCGCACAGCAUGGGGAAGGCGUGUUCUUAAGAACCCUGCACAUUAUCAGAUAGAGCGGAUAGGUGAUGUAAAUGGUAUAGAGAUGCAGGUAAUACCACAGACUCAGUUUAUACCUCUACCAGAGGCCCUCUGUCUCAUCAUCAUGGACCUCAACAACAGUCAGAUUGUUGCUACAUUAGAUACAGUCUGUGAAAGGCUCAAGAUUGGUUACCAAGGACUCCAUCUACCUAGCAACCAGCAUGUAUAUGAUACCCUUGGUCAACUCAUUAGAGAGAGAAAGGUCUUUCAUACAGGUUGUGGAUAUUUUGUGGUAACACCAGAUACAUUUCGCAUGCAUUCUGAUGACAUUCAGUCCUCAAAUCUACUGUCACCCUGGACACAUCUACAUCCAAUGUAUAUACCUGCUGCUUUUGGUCAGCCGGCAAGACAGCCAAUGAGAUCAAUAUCCUGCCAGGUGGACACUGAGCAAAGUAUGACUGGUCAUCAGGAGUCAUGUGACAAACCAGAAAAAGAUCUCAACUUUAAUGAAAAACUACAUAUUGAUUUACCUUCCCUGCGUGUUCAGAGAAGCAUGAGUGUCAGUGGUAGAAGAUCUCGAGAUAGGGGACGCAGGGAUGAAGCAUCUGAGGUGGGCUCAGUACGGAGAAGUUCUUCAGUGAAAGGCAGGAAUGACAAAUCCAAAUCUCUUUCAAAGGAGGAAACCAAGAGUGAGGGCAAACAAGGAAAAAAUAAAGACAAAGUUUCGUUCUUCUCCAAGUUAUUUGGACGUAACAAGAAAAAGCAGCCACCCCCAGAACCAGAGAAACCUGUUGUUGAAUAUGCAACAUUCUCUGCCCAGUUCCCUCCCCCUGAAUGGAUGUGGUAUCAACAGCAGUUAGAUCGUCAGCUCCGUACCGAGACCUGGGUACAGCAACAGAUGCACAAGUCUGGUACCUGGCACCAUUAUCUACACAGUCUACCAGCAGACAGUCCAACAACAAGUCUUCACAUGGGAGCUAACUCUGUCCCAGAAAGAACCAGUGGCAUGCAUCAUGCGCAUUUCAGUCAAAAUUAUCAUCCAGACAGUGGCAAUAGUAUUCCUAGAAAAUCAAAUAAAAAAUCUCAUAAACAUAAAAAUAGGUUGCCAAUUGUGAUAGCAAAUAACCCUGGUGAAAGUACACAUCUUGAUGUAGAUCAGAAACAUACUUAUAGGAAUAGUAUGGGACAAACAAAUAUACGCCUCAGCUCCUUGCCAACAAGACUGUCUCCUUCUGGGGAGACACUGCAUUCAAACUAUGUUUCCCAUCCUAUAUUUAGUUCCACACCAAGAUUUAGUGCAAUACCUGAACAAUCUAAAGUUACUAGGGAAACUUCAACUCAUGUCAGUACUGAACUCAAAGAAGGUCAGCAGAAAGGUGAAAAGGAGAGGUCAAGGAAAAAAUCUCAUAAAACAAAGAAAAAAUCUCAUCAUGAUCGACAUUCUAGUUACCUACCAAUGUCAAGGCAUGUUAGUGGAAUGAGUGCAAGAACUGCUGCUGAAAUGGAUAAUGAUAUAAGUUACCAAUUUCAAGGUCAAUUGCCAAACAAACAUUCAACCAUUGGGAAGUCACAUAGUAGUGGAGUGAACUGUAUAGGUCUUGAACCUGAGCCUAGUAAAAAUAAAAGUCAGAAAUAUCAAAGGUCGAAUUCAUACAGACAUACAGUGAAUGAACCACAAGUUGGCCCUGGUCAUGGUCAAUUUGUAGGUCAAAGAUAUCAGAGGUCACAGUCAUAUAGACAUCCAGUUAGAGAAGAUCAUGAAACUGUAUCAAAAACUGAAAUUUCUAGCCAUAUUUAUGCCAAUGUUCACAUAUCUCAUGAAACUAAACCAAAAGUACCAGAAAGAAUACAUAGAAAAAGUAGUCAAGAUCAAAGUAGAGGUGAAACAUCAAGAGAAAGCACUGAUUUUUUAUGCGAUCGGGCAACACAUUACAGACUUGAUCUUCCUGAAAGUGACCGCCACUCUGAUCACGGAAGUGACUAUGGCAACGACGAACAAACAAGCAGUAGCGGAGGUGGUACGCUUAACUCAUAUUCUAGUCAGGAGCCACCAUCGACGGACAGUGCAGUGGAAGGAACAGAAAGUAGUGAACACAGUCUUGGUACAGUCAUUGACACAAGGCAGAUUGCAAAUAAACAUUUAGAGAGACUAACUGCUGAUGUGCAUGAGAUGUCUCUUGGAGACAGCGGUUUUAGUUCUCCGAGACUGUCAGAAAAUUCAAGUGAAAGUAAGAAAGGGGAUAGCAAUUUUCCCAAAACUCAUAAUGGAUUCAUGUGCAAUAAUUUAAAAAGUGAAUCAAGGCAUAAUAAUUCAGUUGGGAAGCUUGAUGAGGGUUCAGAAGACUCUUUUGAUAGAAUAUCAUCUGACAGACUGUAUGAAAAUGUUAGAUUAAGUCAAAAAGAGGUUCUGAACAACAUGAAGUACUUACAUAAAGAGAUUAAUGUAUCUUCACAGAAUCUCAACAAUCAAGGUCAAGGGCAUGUAGCUGAAGGUAACACUCAACAAGUAGAAUUUGACCCGAAGCAAGCUGUAGCUAAAAAAUUUAACUUUGAAGGAGAUUUCCAUGUUGUUGGUGUAGUGUAAUUUGUUAGACAAUGAGAAAUGUAAAGUGGGAUAUAUGAAAAAAUGUAAUAAUAACAUUUCUUCAUGAAAACUAACCUUUCCUUGUAUAUACGACUUGAAUUUUGCUGCAAUCUCUUAUUCAUGUAAGCAGUUUUUUCGACUUUCGCCAAGUAAUUGGAAUAAGAGAUGAACAAGCAUUCAGGCAAGUCUUAAGUUCUAAGGAAUAUUUUAUGUACUCAAACAAAUAAGUGCCAAAGUUUUGUUUUUCUCAGGUGUAUAAAAUGAUCAAAAAUAACUUCUGUCAUUUAUUAAUGACAGUUUUCAAUUGUUUAACUUAUUCACACAUUGUGUCAUAUUUGUUGCUGGUCAAUGUUGUCUGCUGCAUAUUCAAUCAUCAUCAUAUUAUAAUUCAGAUUAGGUCUAAUAUGCCACUGUUUUGUUGCUUUGAAUAAAAGUCGACAUCAGUUAGGCUUUCAAAUGUUGAACCAUAAAUGGGGGGAAAGCAGUAACAUCAGAUUUUUGUUCACAUUAUUUAUAAAAAUGAACAGUUUUCUGGCAUUCAUUGAACUUUUUUUAUGAUCUCAUUUUAUGCCAUUUUAUGCCUUUGUGUAAUACACUAUGCAUGAACAUAUUUUAUAUGCUGAUUUUUCAAGCAGGUUGUGUAUAUUUUUUUGCAUACUGUGUGUGCCUAUUUUUGUAUGUACAGUAUUUAUAAUUGUUGCGAUUGUAAAUAUGCUUUUUUAAGUUAACAGACACUUUGAUAUUAUGUCUUCUAUGCAAUGUUUAUAGUAUCACUUAUAGUGAAACCCAUUUAGUGCUUCUUGUAUUGAUUUAUUAAAUUAUCCAACAGUUUUACCAAUUGUAGGCAUUCAAAUAAAUUUUUAGAUUGUCACCAAUGAGAAUAACCUUUUAUAAUAUAGAAUCAAUAUCACAGAUUUUACAACUAUCAGAUUUUUAAAAAUGAACAUUUUAUUUGAAUUUUAUAUAGAUUUGGUUUUAAUCAAAUGAAUGUGUUUUAUUGAGAUAAAGUUUUAUGUGUAACUAGACAUCAUAUUUACAGCACUGCCGAGAAAUAAACAGAUUGUUAAUGCUGA